CCCUGCAGGAAAACCGGGGAGAGACACCAAGUGAGCUCACAGGAUGGCAGUGAUGGGUCACCGUCGGGCAGUGUGGCUUCUUCCCAUUGUCCUCCUUUUCCUUCAGACGCUGCAAACAGUCACACCAAGUACAUGCAAGGACAACAACGGGGACUGCACACAGUUCUGCAAAGAGGAAGAUGAAGGAGUGGUAUGUUCCUGUGUUUCUGGCUAUGCUCUGGAUGAUGACAACAAAACCUGUGUUCCUGUAGUUAAGUUCCCAUGUGGUAAAUUUAAGAGAAAUCACGAAGUGGAUCAAGAGAAUGCUGUAAGUCCAGAAGAUCAUCUUAAAAAUGAGGAAACUGCUGAGGCCCCAAGUAACACCUCUAAGGCAGUAGAAGAGGCUGGCAGUAUACCCAGCAUAUGUCCAUGGCAGGCUGUUCUAGUACAGAAGCAUGGUGAAUGGAUUUGUGGAGGAACAAUUCUGAAUGAGUAUUUUAUACUUACUGCAGCUCAUUGUGUUAACAAUUCUACAGAAUUACGGGUUCUUGUUGGGAUGGUGGACAGAGAAAAGGAAGAACCAAGUACUGCAUUGCACACAGUGGAAAAAAUAAUUUCAAAUCCUGAGUUUAAUUUUGAAACCCAUGACAGUGACAUAGCCCUCAUCAAAUUAAAAGAACCUAUCACAUUUUCUGAGGAUGUUGUCCCAGCGUGCCUUCCAGAAGAAGACUUUGCUAAUGAUGUUCUGAUGAACCAAACAUUUGGAAUUGUCAGUGGUUUUGGGAACUCAUAUGAACAAACGCGGCCAGUCAGAAGAAUGAAAGUUCUUCAGAUCCCUUAUGUGGAUAAGAAAACUUGCAAGCAAGCUAUUCAUUAUUUAGUCACAAGAAACAUGUUCUGUGCAGGUUAUAAUAAAGAUGGACAAGAUGUCUGCCAAGGAGAUGGAGGAGGCCCACAUGUAACCGAAUACAAUGGCACUUACUUUGUUACUGGUAUCAUCAGCUGGGGAGAAGGGUGUGGGAGACAAGGAAAAUAUGGAAUAUACACUAAAGUAUCAAAUUUCCUGCCAUGGGUAAGAAGUGUUUUGACACAAAACUCUUAAUGGCUUGGUGUUUAAUCAACCCAACUGUCUUAGCCAUCAAUCCCCAAAUAAUAUUUUCCUCUUUGUAAAAUGCUUGCUGUAAUCCUGGUAACAUUUCUGUCAAGAUGCCAGCUGUUUCUUCAUGUGCUCAUGCCUGGUUUUCAGGAGGUGUAUUUGGACUUGCUGGUUUGGGACAAUAAUGGCACAUCUUCAAAUACAAUGAAUGAGUUCUUUUU